GCUAUAGCACCGACUGAGCGGUGCCAUUGCAGCGGCACUUUUCUUAUCAUCGUAUGAUUGCAGCCUAUACAAAACUUACCGUGUGUUAUCCCUGGGCUUACUCGCCUGCACGACGUCAGGGCCGAAUGUGGGGAGAACGCGGGGCGUGCAGUACACCUCGGAAGUCCAAACUCAAUGUCGCACAAAGGUACACUGGCAGGGCACGUAUGUGUGCCUUGUCUUAAUAUCUAACGUAUUUCCAUUGACGUCUAGCAACUUCAAUUCAUCCAGAUCUCAACAUGACGCAUGAUAUCCUAAAACCCCAUUGGUCUCGGUUCCUUGGCCCUAACGCUCCUGAUCCCCAAAAAGACAAAUAUCUACCUCACGACCAAGCUGUAUUUUCGUCGCCGUAUGGUCCACUUCCACCUACGCCAGACGAUCUUAAUAUCCACGAGCUUUGCUUUCCGCCAAACAACCCAUUGCCAGAAGAUUACCCUCUAUUCAUCAACGCCGCCACAGAAGAAGUUGUCACCCUCCACAGCUUCUAUGCUCGGGUAUGUGCAUUGGCGCGCGUCUUCAGAUAUGAUGGUCCAAAUCCACUGGGUCUAGAGAAGAGUCCAGUAGAUGAUAAAGAAGAUGGAGAAAUCUUGGCUUUAUUCUCACGGAAUCAUCUGCACUAUCCAAUGAUAGCGCACGCAUGUUUCCGAUCAGAGCUGGUCUUCGGCGGGAUCAGUCCAGCGAGUACGCCCUACGAAUUAUGGUGGGUAUUGAGAAAAAUGCAAAUUACGAGCAUCAUGUGUCAUGAGACGUUGCUCCCGGUGUUGAGUGAAGCGCUCAAGUUGGGAUCUGGCGAGGGCGACAAUCUAUCUCUGAAGCUCAAGUUGAAUCCUCAAAAGGUCAUCGUACUGAGCGAUAAUCCUCAAUUAGACCACGUAUCAGGUCAACGUACUAUUGAAUCGCUUGUAAGAGAAGGGUUCAAUUUGCCAGAACAAAAGCGGAAGCUGCUUGGCGGAAACCGUAUGGCAUACCUGUUUCAAUCUUCAGGAACUUCCGGCUUGCCCAAAGCAAUGAUGAUCACGCAUAGGAAUGGCUACUCUUCUGGGAUGCAAACGCUCCAUACCGGUGUACAAGUUGCGCGCUUCACAGGAGACGAACCGUUGACGCCCGUCACUUUACUCGGUGUUGUCCCGAUGUAUCACUCAUACGGGAUGAUCCUGUGGAUCCUUCGUCUCAAUCUAAUCAAGCAGACCUCCGUCAUCCUUCCAAAAUGGGACCUCGAGCUUGCUUUGAAGAGCAUACAGAAGUACAAGAUUACACAUCUUCCACUGGUCCCACCUCUAGUCCGUCAGCUUGCUCAAAGCUCAUUGACUGAGAAAUAUGACCUAAGCUCUGUGGUCGUCGCAUCUAGCGGUGCUGCAUAUCUGCCACCAGAUGUCGCACAUCAGCUGGCCAAGAAGCUACCACAGGGUGCAGAGAUACCAGUACCAAGUGGCUAUGGCCUCAGUGAAGCAGCCAGUAUCGCUAGUUCGGGUGCGAAUGGGAUCUUUGGCUUAGAGCCUGCGCUGUCUGGCACGAUUGGAUAUCUGCUCCCAGGUAUGCAGGCUCGUAUUGUGGACCCUGACACACUCAAAGACGUAGCCAAGGGUGAGAAGGGUGAGCUCUGGGUACGUGGACCAGUUGUCACGCCCGGUUACUUCAGAGAAGCCAAAGCCACAGCGGAUAUGUUCACCGAACCGGGCUGGCUACGCACUGGAGAUCUUGUCAUGCGCGACAAGUAUGACCGUAUUCACUACCUCGAUCGCCUAAAAGAGAUGAUCAAAGUCAAAGGUCUGCAAGUUGCUGCCACGGAGGUGGAGGAUACGUUGCUGGACCAUCCGGAGGGUCUUGUGCGCGAUACAUGCGUAGCUGGCGUCGAUAAUGGUCGCGGCGAUGGGUCCUUGUUUGUCAGAGCAUGGAUCGUACUCACGAACGAGGGAGGGAAACAGGGCGAGGAUAUCGUCGUAAAGAAGCUACAUCAGUGGGUCGAAGGACGCUUGAGUCGACACAAGUGGCUGACUGGUGGUGUUGAGGUUGUUGAUUCAAUACCUAGGACUCCUUCGGGGAAGAUGUUGAGGCGAGAGAUGAGGGACAGAUAUCAUGCACGCAUUCAAAUUGGUAGCAAGGCGAAGCUAUAACAGCUCCAUCGUAACGUCCUUUGGUUGUGGCGAGAAUAUGCAAUGCUCUAUCUCUCGACGCUGGCUCCAUAUGCUCCGUGACAUUCGCCACCUGUGCUGCGCUUGGCUUCUGAUCCGCCCUAGGCCGAAAGUCCCCCAGCUUCCCGUUGUUACGAACUCGUGCUGAGAAAAUGUCGUGAUAUGUUUGCAACGAAUCUUGAUUCUGCUUUUGGUAUUAGUCGAUCGCUUUUCGAACAUGGCUGGUC